GAUGGGUAUUUGUGCAUCGAAAAAAUAGAAAGAUGAUUUGGCAUUAAAACCAAAACACUGGCCUAGUAGUCCAGGUAGAAGACACACUGGAAAUAGUUUUAAAUAUGGAACUGAUCUUUACAUCAAUUUAAAAAAUGGUUAGAUUGAUAAUUUUUACAUUUUGGGGGAUGUUCUUGGAGUUGGAGCAUUUGGAUAAGUUGUCAAAGCUACUCAUAAACAAAGUGGAUAAAUGAGAGCAUUGAAAACUUUGGCAAAAAAAAAAAUAAUUAAUGAAGAAAAAGAAAAAAUGUUUGCAGAAGUCAAUAUUCUUCGUAAAUUAGACCAUCCAAACAUAGUAAAACUUUUUGAAAUAUUCGAGGAUGCUUAAAAUUAUUAUUUAAUUACUGAGUAUUGAAAUUUUUAUAUUGUUAGACUUAUUUAAGGAGGUGAACUUAUAAAAAAAAUACAGGCAUAAAAUACAUUUUCUGAAGCAGAAGCUGCAUACUAUAUGAGAUAACUAUUAUCUGCCUUGCAAUAUUGUCAUAAAGCAAAGAUAGUUCAUCGUGAUUUAAAAUUAGAUAACCUUAUGCUUAAUGUAGAAUCAGAGAAACCAAUUUUAAAGGUUAUAGAUUUUGGUACAUCUCGUAAGAUUAUCCAAGAAAAAUAUCUGACCUCUAAAUUAGGAACAGUACUAAUAUAUUCUAAUUGUUUUAUAGCCUCAUUACACUGCCCCAGAAGUAUUUAAAUAAUAGUACACAGAAAAAUGUGACAUUUGGUCCUGUGGUGUUAUCCUUUAUACAUUAUUGUGUGGAUAUCUACCCUUUAAUGGAAGUGAUGCAAGAGCCACAUAGAUAUUGAUAGAAUGUGAUAGGUGGACCUUUGAUAAGAAUGACUGGGCUAAGAUUUCUUCAGAAGCUAAAAGAUUUGUUAAAAAACUUAUGACAUAUAAUCCAGAUAAAAGAAUAUCAGCAGAAGAAGCAUAUUUAGAUCCUUGGCUAUAAGGACAUAUAAAUAAUAUAAUAGAUUCAAGAGCUUUAAAUCGCUUAUAACAAUUUUAUGUAAUUAAUUUGAAAUCUAUUUUUAGUAAUCUCAUGUAAUAUAAGAAUUAAUUAAAUAAUAUAUAACUUUUUAAGUUCUAACACCUGAAGAUAAGGCAAAAAUUUUAGGAAAUUUCUAAUCUUUAGAUAAGGAUGGAGAUGGUAGAAUAAAUAGAGAAGAUUUAAUAUAUGGUUUGAAGUAAUCAAAACUAGAUGAGACUGAGAUUGAGAAAUAAAUAGAUAGAAUAAUGGAGUAAUGUGACUUUAAUAAAACUGGAUCUAUUGAAUACAAUGCAUUUCUUAGAAUAAUGAUAGGAUAAGAAUUAUCAGAAAAAACAAACCUAUUGGAAGAAGCUUUUAGAUAGUUUGAUAUUGAUAAAGAUGGUUUGAUAAAAAAAUAAAAUUUAGAGGAUGUUUUAGGAGGAAUAAUAAUAGAUGAAACUCAUUGGGAAGAAAUACUCAAAAAAUGCGAUUCUGAUUAAAAAGGUAUGAUUGACAAAGAGAAUUUUAUAAAACUAAUGUAAUAAUUUUGA